GAGCGGCGGAAGUGGCUCCCGGGUUGGGACUUGAGUGUUUGUGUUUUGGUUCGCGGCGGAGCCGGCGGCUAGCCUGAGGGGAGGAGGCAGAGGAGGGAGGAGGAGGAAGAAUUAGUCGGAACUCGAGCGCCGGCGGCGGUGAAGGAGGAGAAAGGAAAGAGGAAGGCGGAGCGGAGAGAGGCGGAGACGGAGCCGGACGGGGGCGGCACCACGGCACGAUCCCCGCACGGUCCAGUCUGAGGGGAGCGGCCUGAGGAGGAGACGCGCCGCCACCGUCUAAGCCACCGCCACAGCUUCAGCCUCUUUUCGGGCUACGCCUGGGACUUGCUGCCGGGAGGCUUCAGCCCCGCGGCUCCGCGUGCUGCCGUCUCAGGUUUCUCUACAUCUAGAAAGAAAAAAAUUGACACCUUGCAUCCUGGAAGUUCAUUUAAGAGACUGAAAUUAGGGACUUCUUUCAAAUUUGGACAUGGCUAAUCGAGGAGCAACAAGACCCAACGGGCCAAAUACUGGAAAUAAAAUAUGCCAGUUCAAACUAGUACUUCUGGGAGAGUCUGCUGUUGGGAAAUCAAGCCUAGUGCUUCGUUUUGUGAAGGGCCAGUUUCAUGAAUUUCAAGAGAGUACCAUAGGGGCUGCUUUUCUAACCCAAACUGUGUGUCUUGAUGACACAACAGUAAAGUUUGAAAUAUGGGAUACAGCUGGUCAAGAACGAUACCAUAGCCUAGCACCAAUGUACUACAGAGGAGCACAAGCAGCCAUAGUUGUAUAUGAUAUCACAAACGAGGAGUCCUUUGCCAGAGCCAAAAACUGGGUUAAAGAACUUCAGAGGCAAGCCAGUCCUAACAUUGUAAUAGCUUUAUCAGGAAACAAGGCUGACCUUGCAAAUAAAAGAGCUGUCGAUUUCCAGGAAGCACAGUCCUAUGCAGAUGACAACAGUUUAUUAUUCAUGGAGACAUCGGCCAAAACAUCGAUGAAUGUAAAUGAAAUAUUCAUGGCAAUAGCUAAAAAGUUGCCAAAGAAUGAACCACAGAAUCCAGGAGCAAAUUCUGCAAGAGGAAGAGGAGUAGACCUUACUGAACCCACGCAGCCAACCAGGAGUCAGUGUUGUAGUAACUAAACCUCCAGUUUGAACUUGCUGGAAUUUUCUUCUGCUUCCUAAAUGUUAAUGACAGUGGAAUUGGAGCAUUUAACCAGCCCAGUAUGACUUCCAAAAAGAAGAGACUUAUGAUAGAGUCAAGUUUCUAAUACAGAAUUAUUUUAAGUGUUUUGAACUUAAUUUUUAAUAACAUGCAUGUGACCCUCUGACUAAUGUUUCAGAAGUAGAAGGGGGGAAUGAGAGCUGUGCGUGUACGCUUGUUUCCUUGGACGGUUAGGGAAUCAUUUCUCGUCACCAGGGAUAGAGUCAAAGGAUGAUGUAAACCCACAGUUAACCAGCCACUUCUAUGUAAAAGAUUUGGAACUUAUUAAUUUGGGCUUUUCAAAAACAGUCUUUUUUUAGAAGGAGGUUCUAAAAAUAUUUAUGCUUAGCUACAGUAUUCAGGCAACUGGUAAUUUCUUAGUAUGCAUAUUUAAAAUGUACAUUCCACAUUUUAACAAGUUAACCACAAGAAAACAGUCCCACAUCUUCAAGGGGGGAAACACGAACAUUAGUGGUAUCUAAAGUAUAGCCAGUCCUGAUAUUUUUAGUGGGGUUAAAAAAAAGUCAAAUGUAACCUCAUCUUGUUUUAAGAGUAUGAAUACUGAUAAAUGCAUCUUAAUGGAUAGUGUUCCCUUCAAACAGGUGAGCUCUUCAGCAGAAGUGGAACGAACCAGGUGUCUGUGAUUUCUGUUUAAUCACUGCUAGCCAUUACAUAGGUUUUAUUGUUUGGGGGAAGGGAGGGAGCUUUUGUUCCCUUUGGACAUAAUAUAGUCAAUGCACUAACAAUUAUGUACAUUCAAACUUGAUUAUUUUAAAUUCGAUCUUCAGCUGUACUGUAAAUAGGGUACUGCACUGUAGUCUCCAUAUAUGUUUAUUACUUUCCUGUAAUAUUUAAGAAUUACUUAAAAGUAUACAAAAUGUACAGUUACUAAAACAGCUAAUUUUUCCUUUUCUCUCCCUUUGAAAGGAAGGGGCUUCUGUUGUUCCUACAUGGCUUAGAACCAUAAUAAACAAUGUACCAGUAAUUUGUAACAUAAGUAUUGCAGUAUGUUAGUAACAAUCUUGCAGGCUUGUUUUCCAAAGUUCAUUUUAUUUUGAUCAGUUCAGUAUAUUGCACUAAUUGUUCUAGGUAUUUUCAUUAUAUGAAAUCUACCAUGUGUCAGAGAUGAUUUAAUCUAUUUAAGUGUUGAACUGCUAGCAGAACUUGUACAUUACAGUAAUUCAGAAUUAGUAAGGAAAACAGUUCACCAGUGUUUAGUUUUAUAUUGAGGUGCUCAGGUUGGAAUAAAGUGGUAUAAAAAAGCAA